UCAGAAAAAUGUAUGAAAAAUACUGCUUAUGAAGUGACCGUACCAGGGGCGGACUGACAACUCAUGGGGCCCCCGGGCAAUAGGGGAUCAUGGGGCCCCUGUGUCCUUGCCCAAACUCAAAAAAGCCUAUAAAAAAGGUAUCAGGGGCAUCUCAUGGGGCCCCCCUACUGACCCUGGGCCCUCAGGCAGUGCCCGAGUUUCCAAAUGGUCAGUCCACCCCUGGACCGUAUAGCUCCUGCAGACGAAAUUAAUACUGACAGGAAGAAUCAGUGAACUACCACGGCGCU